AUGUCGAUCCUCAACAAGUUCAUGCGACUGCUUUCAGCAGGCUCGAUGAUGUUUCUACUCACUACACUACUUGAGAGCAACAUAGUACAAGGUGGGUCCAGACUUCUGUCUAAAUGCGCGCAGCAUUCAAGGUCGUGUAUUGACAGCAUAACAGCUAAAGGUGUCGUGGGCUUCUGGCGCUCCUCUCAGCAUGGACCUGCUCUGGAACUCGAGCCGAACAUCACCCUUCCUGAGUCCAUUAUUGAGGUGCAGAAGAUUCUCUCCGAAAUCGACACCCGACCACCAUGCCAACGCAUGGCUUACAAGAGGCACGCCCAACUUUGCCGAAGCUUCGACGCUACCCAAUCCGGCACCUUCAGGCGCGCCGAGGAAGUCGUAAUGGCACAGAACAUUUUCGCCAUUCGCAUGACUCAGUGUCAACUUGAACAGGCCGAGCAGACAUUACCAGACGUCUGUAGUCCCAUUCUUGAGCUGGCAGUCGACCACAGCAUGCCCUCGAACCACGUCAAGGCCUGCUUGAAUGGAAUUUGGCGUGAGGGCGGAAAUCCGUGGACUACAUAUACGCAAGAAAAGCAGAAUGGUCUGGUUGUGUGUCAGGCCAUGCGCCCAGAUAUGGACAAGGCCGAGCACACUCGUUUUUUUGGACUCCUGCUUGCAGCAUAUGGUGACCUGAACCAAGUAAUGCAUCAGCACAAGGACGACUUCCAAGCGCUGCAGAAGAACUUCCGAGCCGUGCAAGAGAGCAUGAGCUCAUUCAACGAGGGUCUCCGGCAGGAUCAUGAGGAGCUUCGGGCCGCAGUGCAGAAGUCGGUCGAGGAAGUCUCGGGCAAGCUCGGAGAUACGAACAUUGCUGUAGAAGACAUCGUACGCCGCAUAUCACAUGCAAAGGAUCAUCUGGCAGCUCACGAUGCCGCAGUCAAGACAGCACUUCAGCGCGCCACCGAUUUGAGCAAAGAUGUGUCAGUGAUCAACGAUGACGCGAUGGCUGGCCUGCAGAUUGAUCUCGAAGAGAUGCGGAACAAGUACAUCUUCGACCAAAAGCAGAUGCUCGAUGAACUCACCCAGCAGUUUCUCAAAGUCUCGAAUAGUGUCGAGCUGGCAAACGAUUGGUCGGGCCAGGUAAGAAGUAAUCUUCAGCUUCUCAGCACAGAUCUGGACAUAUCGGUUCACAAGGUCGGCAUUCUCAAAAACGGGAUGGUCGACGCUACGCAGCAGCAACACCGGAUGCAAGGUCAACUGAUAGACAUGGGUGUCAAGAUCAACCAGACCCAGGAGUUUUUUGAGGCCGCCCAUGAACAUCUCAGCGACUGGAUCCCUUUCCUUGGAGGCAUCGCCGAGUACGCUUCCACAUUCAAAGGAUAUUGCUCUGCGUUCGGCAUGUUCGCGCUCUUCAUGGUCUCUUCCAGCCUUGUGUCUGCUGCAUUUCUUUACGAGGCUGGCUGCUCAAAGGGCUUCACGGUUCUCGCCGCGACUGGCCUUGGCAUCAGUAAGUCCCAGAAACCUAUUCGUGCUAACUCCGCAUUGUGCUAAGAUGUUUUAGUGACCAGCACAAUUCUGAGCUUCGCGUUAGCGCAUUUCUUGCCAGCGCUUGCCGCCGUGCAGCCCAUCAUGGACUCAUUCAGCCACGGCGGUAAUGCCACUCUAGUUGGCCUUCUCGUCAUCAGCGUCCUCGGCAACCUCGCAGCAGUCGCACGCUUCCUUCGAGAGAAGCGCCUGUACGACCCAGCCAGUCCUCCAACAGCUUAA